GAGAAUCCUCUCAUGAGCCUGGGCAGACGGUUCAUCACCGCGGAGUAGGCCGGCCGACUACGAAGCUUGGAAGCAUAAAUAGGCCGCUGUUCUCCACUUGACGUUUUGUUAUCAGCUCAGCCUUCACUGGCAUCGAAGACCAGCAUCUUUUGGAUCUGCUUCACUGCUUCCCGGAUAGGCUCGUUUUUGAGGUCCACCAGCUGUUCGAACACGUAUUACGACACGAUGGCGUACCAUGGCGCAGACGAGAAGAACAUCAAGUUCGACGAGACGUCUUCCGAGAAGAUCGAUAAAAUCGACACAGCGCGGGAUCACGCCGACCAGCUCACCGAACUCUUUGGCAUCGAGGCUACCGCCGCGUCCAAGGCGGCAUGGCUCAUUUCCAUGGUUGUCUCGCUCGGAGGUCUCCUUUUCGGUUAUGACACUGGCUAUAUCUCUUCGGUUCUCGUCACGAUUGGGACCUCGCUCGGCCAUGAACUCACCUCGUCGGAACAAGAACUCGUCACGUCGCUCACCUCCGGAGGCGCGCUCAUCGGAGCCGUGGGCGCUGGUCUUACUGCUGACAGAUUUGGUCGUAAGAUGCCCAUCUGGUCCGCCUGUGUCGUCUUCUGCAUCGGCACCCUUCUUCAAACCGCCGCCUUCCACGUGCCGCAGUUCGCAAUCGGCCGCUUCGUCGUUGGUUUGGGGGUUGGCAGCGCCGCCAUGGUUUGCCCCCUGUACAUCUCCGAACUCGCUCCAGCGAAAUACCGCGGACGCAUGAUCGCCUUCAACAACAUGUCGGUAACCUUCGGUCAACUCUUCGCCUCCGCGCUCGGAGCUGCUUUUGCACAGGCCAAGUCCACUCAAGCCUGGCGCGCCACUGUCGGGAUUGGUGGAGCACCCGCCAUUCUGCUCGCCAUUCUACUCUUCUUCUGCCCCGAGUCGCCUCGCCAGCUUAUAGCGCACGACAAGGCCGACGAAGCUAGCAGGGUUCUGCUACGCAUCUACCCGACCUCCACUGAGGAGCAGCGCCGCGCAAAGAUUGCCAGUGUCGAAAUGAGCAUCCACGAAGCCACACAGACCAUGGUUGAGGAUUCCAUCUGGAAGACCGUCACUCGCAUCUUCACUACCCCCAGUACCUUCCGCGCGGUCGCAACUGCCUGCGUCAUCAUGGCCGUCUCGCAACUUUCCGGUUUCAACACGCUGAUGUACUACUCCGCCACCCUGUUCAAGAUCGUCGGUUUCAACAACGCAACCGCUGUCGCCAUCACCGUUUCCGCUACGAAUUUCGUCUUCAGUAUCGUCAACUUGGUCAUUGUAGAUAAGUUCGGCCGUCGCAUCAUCCUGCUUGUCACCGUCUUCGGCAUGACCUCGUGCCUGCUCAUCGCCGCCGUCGCAUUCCACUACAUCCCGAUCGAUACGCACACGCUCGAAGUGCAAUCCGACGAGAUCGGCUGGCCAGGCUAUCUCCUCAUCGCCAUCAUCAUCCUUUUCGUCGGCUUCUUCAGCGCCGGUGUUGCCACCAUAGCCUGGAUUGGGACUGAGCUGAUCCCCAUGGAAGUCCGCGCUGUCGGCACUAUGCUGAACACCGUCACCUGCUGGUCGACCAACAUCAUUAUCGCGUCUACGUUCCUGUCCAUGAUGAAAGGAAUCACUCCGUCCGGUGCGUUCGGCUUCUACUGCGGGAUUUGCUUCUUUGGAUGGUUUUUCAUCGUCUUCUGCUAUCCCGAGGUCAAGGGCAUGCCGCUGGAGGCGGUGCGAGAAGUAUUUGCGCAUGGAUUCGGUGUUCGCUAUGCGAAUCAGUGGCAGAAGGAGAACAGGGAGUUUGCGAAGAUGAAUACGCAGCAGAGCUUUGCGCACUAGGCGGCGUGGAGUGGGUUGGAGAAGCACGACAAAGGUCUUUGAGAGGCCGCUUUACCUUCUUGUAAAUACUUUACGCUGGACU